ACGUUAGUUAUUUUUGUGAUUUCAUGAAACAAAAGUUUUUAAAAUAUUAUUCACAUAUUCCGCAUAUAUAUGGUAUUGCAUUUGUUCUUGAUCCUCGUUAUAAACUUCCUUACUUGGCAAAUUGUAUAGAUUACUAUUAUGCUUCUUUUUUUCCAACUCAAGAGUUCGAUGAUAAUCUCAUCGACCCUAAACAAGAAUUCAACGAGGUUAAUAAUUUAUUUCAUCAAUUGUAUAAUGAAUUUCAUGCACAAUAUGGUAAUGCACCCCCUCCCAUGCAACGAACAUCUUCUUCAUCUAAAGGAAAAUCAUUUUUAAAAUUCGCUUUUGGUUCUCUUUUGAAAAAAAGUAGAGCAACUCCCGCUACUGAACAAAGAUCAGGUAACGAGCUUUCUUUGUAUCUAACAUUGAAUGUUGAUUAUGAAGUUGGUGAUGACUUUGACGUUCUUAAGUGGUGGAAGGAAAAUGAAAGAACAUUCCCGAUUUUAUCAAAGAUGGCUAAGCAAGUACCAGCAAUGCCGAUAUCAACCGUUGCCGUGGAACAAGAAUUCAGUGCGGCCGGCAACGUCGUAACCGAUUAUAGAACGAGAUUGAGCCCGAGCUCUCUUGAGACACUAGUUUGCUUUCACGAUUGGUUGAAGGCCCAACGAAGAACUCAAGAAAUUACCAUCACUCCCACCCGCCACUUUAUGGAGGAAACAACCGAAGGCGGAGAGUCCGAUUGAUUUUUUAUUACAAAAUGUAUUACAUUUUUUAAAUUCA